AUGGUGGUGUCUAGAAUGAAAAGAAAGAGGAGGUUCUAUUUUGAGGAGGUUUGGCUGUCUGAUCCAAGGUGUUCUCAAGUCAUCAAAGACAACUGGGCUGCUUCUAUUUCUAUGAGAAACUCUACACAAGAUUGCCUAUCUUAUUGUGCCGAUGCUCUUACUCACUGGAGUAGAAUUGAUUUUGGUAAUAUUACUCACCAACUGCGACUUGUGAAACGCAGAUUGGAUGGGGCUUAUUCAAUGACUCAUAAUGAUGCUCAUUUGGCUUCCAUUAAGGACUUAGAGUCACAGUUUGUGGAGUUGCAGGAUAAAGAGGAGGUUUUAUGGAGACAAAGAUCAAGAGCAGAUUGGUUACAACUUGGAGACAGAAAUACUAAGUACUUCCAUGAAAGAGCUUCCGGCAGACAGCGGAAUAAUACUGUGUAUGGUCUUUUUGAUUCUCAGGGAGUUCGGCAAACAAAUUCAGACAGUAUUGGGGAGUUGUUCUGUGCUUAUUUUCUGACCUAUUUACCAAAUCAGGUGGAAUUGGAAUGGAGAGAGAGUCUUGAAUAA